AUGAUACAUAGCGAUGAUUCACAAAAUGAUGAGGAAAAAGUAAGUUAUAAUAAUAUUUUAUUUGAAAAUAAUACAAGUGAUGAAAUUGAUUAUUUUGAUGAUCGUUUACCCCAUAUAAACUUUUAUUUGAAGUUUCAAAAAAAAGAUUUUGUGCAAAACUUUUUUGAUAAAGUUACAAGGGAACAAAAUGCUGAAAAGGAUAUAGAGAUAUUAACAAAUCCAUAUGAUAUACAUGAAAUAGAUAAUGAAUAUAAAUAUGAAGACAGUAAUAUGAAUAAUAAUAAUAUAAAUAAUAAUGAAGGUGGAUUUCUUUUAGACAAUGAUGAUGAUGAUAAUAAUAAUUUAUAUAUUAUAAAUAAUAAUAAUAAUAUUCAUAGAGAUAAUUUGUAUUUGGAUAUUAAAGAUGAUAUAUUUCAUUUAGAUGAUCAAGAAGAAUAUACAAAAAAAAUAAAUGAAAAUUUUCAAAAAAAUAAAAACGAAUUUAUAUUUAGUAUAGAAAGGGUAAUGGAAAAUGAAGAAGAAAAUAGAAAAUCAGACAAAUGCUUUUUAUGUAAUAAAAAAAAAAAAAAUUAUAAUGAAACAUUAGUUCAUAUUAAUAUAUAUUUAUGUAAAGAAUGUAAAGCUUUAGAUAAUAAUUUUAGAAUGAUUUCAUUAACAAAAUUAAUUAAAAAAUAUUCUUUAAAUACGUAUGAUUUGUCCAAAUAUGAAAAACAACUAGCUUUAUUAUCUACAAAAAAUCCACGUGGAUAUAUGAAACAAAUGAAAUUGUAUUUUAUAUUCCAAAUUAAAGAAAUUGCAUUAAGAAAACAUGGUUCUUUACUUACAGUCAAAAAUUUAUAUAAUAAUAAACUCUUAAAUAUAAAUUCAUCAUCUUCUACAAAUAAAAUAAACAAAACCAGCAAACUUAUACAUAAAUUUAAAAAAACAAAAACUAUAUAUAGUAAGGAAGUUAGAAAUAUGGAAAAGCUUCAAAUUAUAUGUGAAGAUAAUCAACAUGAUUUUGAUACACCUGUAUGUAUUAAUCAAAAUGAUAACACAUAUAACAAAAAAUGUAAAAAGUGCAGUUACUGUGUUGAAUAUAUGCAAUUUUGA